CCGCCCGCUGCGCCGCCGACUUAAGCCGCGAGGCGACGCGCGGCGGGAGCCGUUCCCCGACGGCAGCCGGGCGCUCGGCUGUGGCCGCCGUGUCUGGGCUGAGCGCCGCGACGCCGCGCCGGAAACCCUCCCGGGUCUUGAGGCGUAUGGAACCUCAAGGUCUUUAUGACAAUGGAAACCAAAAAGUUGAUUGGCAAACCGCUUCAACCAGCAAGACCUGUUCGUCAUCUCUCUUCUCCUCCAGGACCAGUGUUCCCUUUUAACUUUCAGAAUGAAUAUCCAUGUAACACUCAGUGCUUACAAAGUGGAGUUGGCAGAUGCAAGACGAAUGGAAUGCAAGCCUUUUCUCAAGGUCUGACCGAGCAGCAGCAGCAGCACCAGUCUCCAGUUAAGACAGAGAGAAUUAAGUACAGCAGAGAUUUCUUGUUGAAGCUUUCAAGUGUUUCCAUCUGCAGAAAAAAACCAGACUUUCUGCCUGAUCAUCCUAUUGUACUUCAAAACCCAGGGCAGAGAUGAAGAAUCAGAAGACUCAAACCUGGGACUAGCUCCCAAGGCUCUGUGGUCUAUCAGGUCUUUGUGGGAUUCUCCCAGGAACUUGGUGCAGUACUGACAACCAAAGAGAACUGAUUUCCUACAUAUAUAUGAUAUAUGAGCCCUAGCCCUCUAUACCUGUUUCUCUGUCACUCUCUGUUUGAAAGCAACACUUCCAUGAUUCAGGAAGAUGAAUACUGAAAAGGGCCAGAGGCCUUCACGACCCCACAAGAGACAGGUCCAUUGGAAUUCACCUUUUCUGUUCCUCCUACAAGGUCCCCAUUUCUGUUUCCCUCACCUGGGACCUGGGUUAGCUUUCUAACCGGCUUCGAAUCUGCGAAUGCUGCAGAAGUAUCAUGGGUAUUUCCAAUAAGGGCCCGAGGGACUGUCAGUCCUCACCCCAACCCCACUCAGGUCCCCGAGAUUGUCAUGUGCACAAGACCUGAUGGAGCAGGGUCAGCAAGGGGUUUCUGUAAACAGACAGCAGAUAGGUCAGGCUUUGAGUGCUACUUGGUUCCCAUAGCAACUCCUCAGCUCUGUUACUGAGUGACCCCAGGUACUACAUAAAUGGAGGAGGGCCCAAUUUCAAUAACACUUUAUGCAAAAAAAAAUAGGUGGUAGAGUGUGAAUUACUCCCACAAGGAGCAGUUUUGAGCUUCUCAUAUGUAUGGCAGGCUUGGCCAACACCAGCGAAGCUGAUUCAGAGCUGGGCAUAGACACCUUUAAACAAAGAGCAUAAUAAUUUGGAAAAUUGAUGAAAUUGUGAUUUUUUUCUAAAAUCUCUCUAUAUAUUGUAUUCCUGGGCUUAUAAAUUAAUAACUUGUAUGAUUUACUUGCUUUUUUGCAUGCCAUGAAAUUUUUAUUGGUGUCGAAAGCAAGAAAUAAUACAUAUUAUAACAAAUGUCAUUGUAAAUCUAAAUGAGUGAAAUAAAUUCAUUCAUUAAGUUUUUGACUUAUCAUUGGGGCACUAGAUUUUGGGGGCAGUGAGUCUUGUCUUCAGAGUGUGCAUUUUUGAAAUUUUGAUAUGGAA